AAGAUUAGCUGGAUCGGUUGAUAAGUGGGAGUGAUAUCGACUGCAGCUGGAAUGGCAAGUGGGCAGCGGUACCCGGGCAAGGUCGUCAUAGUAACGGGGGGUACCAGCGGCAUUGGCGAAGGCAUCGUGAGAGAAUUUGUUCAUCAGGGAGCCAAAGUGGCCUUCUGUGCACCAGCUUCAGAAGGGGAAAAAGGAAAAGUUCUGGAGAGGGAGCUUGCAGAAGGUGGAGGACCUGGAGAAGGUUGCUUUGUGGUCUGUGAUGUCCUCUGUGAAGCAGACAUGAAGAGGUUGGUGUCAGUGACCAUAGAACAGUACGGACAGCUAGAUUGCCUGGUGAACAACGCUGGCGGGCAUCCCCCUGAUCAAAGAAUCGAUGAUGUGUCUGCACAAGAGUUCCGUAGCCUCAUGGACCUCAACGUUGUGAGCUGUUUCUUAAUGGCUAAGUUUGCAUUGCCCCACCUCCGGAAAACGAAAGGAAACAUCAUUAACAUUGCAAGUAUCGUUGGUUACUUUGGGCAAAAGUUAGCUGUGCCAUAUGUGGCAACCAAGGGUGCUGUGGUUGCGAUGACUAAAGCUAUGGCUAUAGAUGAGAGCCAACAUGGUGUUAGAGUCAACAGCAUCUCACCCAGCAAUAUUUGGACUCCUGGAUGGGCAAAGCUUGCAAGCCAGGCAGCCAAUUCAGAGGAAAUGAUCAAGGAAGGCCAAGAUGCUCAGCUUAUGGGACGGAUGGGGACUCCCGCAGAGUGCGCAAAAGCUGCCCUCUACCUGGCUUGUGAUGCUACGUUUUGCACUGGGAUCAACCUUUUCCUCAGUUGCGGAGCGGAACUUGGCUAUGGAAGGAAAAGCCACCAAGAUCCCAAUCCUGGUUUUGACAGCUAGCAAGAGUCUUCUGAGAUGGGACAAUUUUGGCAAAUUACAAAGCGAGGUUG